GACCUUAAUCACUCUUUAAGAACAACAUACUGAGGGGAAACAGUUGCAUAUGGGAUGUGUGGCAAACAUGAGCACAACACAGACGAUCUGCCAGACUGCCGUUACGUCUCUUGAAUUUCCUGGAGAUACACCAGCUAUGGCAACAGCUUCGGCCACACUGCCUUUUGCAACAGAUUUGGCUAAUAACGGAACUUGUGAUCUAUAUGAACACAAAGAUGCAGCACGUAUCUUGUUACCUUUAUUCUACAGCAUCAUUUUUGUCAUUGGAGUACUUGGAAAUGGACUUGCUCUUACUGUGAUCAUUAAAAACAGAAAAAAGAUGAAUUCUACUACUAUUUACUCAACAAAUCUUGUUGUCUCGGAUAUACUUUUUACUACAGCUUUACCUACAAGAAUAGCGUACUAUGCACUGGGUUUUAACUGGCCAUUUGGAGAAGUAUUCUGCAAGAUCACAGCUCUUGUUUUUUACAUAAACAUUUAUGCAGCUGUGAACUUUAUGACCUGUUUGAGCAUUGACCGGUUCAUAGCUGUGGUCCACCCUUUAUGUACCAAGAUCAGAAGAGUGAGAUGCGCCACAUACAUUUGUUGCUUUGUAUGGUUCCUUGUACUUGGGCAAACACUCCCACUGCUUACACAUCAAAUGUCACACAAUGAGGGAAAUAUGACAACAUGCAUGGAAUAUCCAAACUUCGAAAAAAUAAUUGAACAUCUCCCUUGGAUACUUCUUGGUGCCUGCUUACUUGGAUAUGUAAUUCCCCUUGAUAUCAUACUAUUCUGUUAUAUUAAAAUUAGCUGCAAACUCUGUCAAGCUGCAAAAGAAAAUCCGCUGGCUGAAAAAUCAGGAACAAACAAGAAGGCAAUUAAUACAAUUAUUUUUAUCAUAGUUGUCUUCGUCAUCUGUCUCACCCCAUACCAUCUUGCCAUUAUUGUACAAAUGAUUAAGAAACUUGUGCUUCCUGAUGAUAUUUCAUGCACCGAUCAACAGAUCUUCCAGAGGACUCUCCACUACACUGUGUUUCUGAUGAAUUUAAACUGUUGUUUUGAUCCUUUCAUUUAUUUCUUCGCAUGCAGAGGAUAUAAAAGUACAAUAAUGAAAAUACUGAGACGACAAGGAAGCAUUUCCUUAUCAAGUGCUGUCAGAACAGCUCCUGAUGAAAGUUCCCGUGAUAUUAGAGACACACAGCUUUCUCCCCUUUCAACAUCUUUCAACGGAAAGGCACUGAAUGCAACUUAACAUUGGAAACAUACUUCCAGAAUCUCAAUUUCAGAACAUAUUGAUAAUAGCAAAAGCUACAACUUCUCUGAUAAUAAAGAACCCCACAUCUUCCAGGAAUGAGGGGAGGUGGGCAAGUCAUGUGACUACAACAGUCAUAACAACAAAAUGAACUAGCCAUGUCUUUGCUUUCUAAACUCUCAUUCUAUGUCAUAUGUUUCCCACAAAUAUUUAAUUUUGGUGAGCAUUAUGUUCUGUCUGCUUCUACUUGUGAAUCUCAGUAAUCUGUAUAAAAAAAUCACUUCACAAACCAGUUAUCUGACAAAGAAACAAGCUAAAAUUAAAUGUCUUUAAAUGAGCUGACUGGUAUGAAAGCAAGUGAUAAGAUACAAAGAUAUACACGGGUACAUAGAAAGAAAUAAUUGAUGUGUUCUGCUUUUUCAUAGAUAACCAAUGGUAUAAAAAGACUGAAUUAGAAAAAGUUUUAUUUUCAACAGGAAGUAUUCACGUUGUUGAAGGUGACUUAAAACAAUGUGUUGAAGGUGACUUAAAACAAUGAACCAUUCAUUCCAAACUGGUCUUGUUGUCUAUUCCAUAGUCAUCUUAGGACUGUAAAUGCUUGUCACCAUCACUGAUAGAUCUUGGGCCGAUCAGUGCAAGAAUGACUGUUGCUGGGCUCAACAAGAACAAAUGCUAUAAAAUAUAA